UAUCUGUGGGUGGUGAUGCUCAGUUUUGACGCCAGGCGGCGCCGACAGUUGGCAGUAUUGCAGCGCCGCCAAUCGAUGCGCGAGACAGCGCCUGCGCGCUCGCCACCGUCACUACGCACUACCAUGCCGCCCUUCCCGAGUGAUGUACAAUGGUUCCCUGCGGAGAUACGACGUCUGAUUGUGGCCAUCAAGAAGCACGAAUCACUGUACAACCCGCGCCACGACGGCUUCGGACUGCGAGACGCUCAGAACAAGGCAUGGAAGGCGGUGGCGACGCUCGUCGGAGGCGGGAAAACAGAUAUCCAGUGUCGGGACAAGUGGAACUGUCUGCGAGGAACGUAUCGCCGCCACGUGAGGACUGAGGCCACCAACAAUGUGAAGCGCCGCAGCGGCUGGCCCUGGGCCGAGAACUACAGUAACAACUAGUAACUAAUGACGAGAACUGUUU